UUAUUUUUUAUAAAAAUAAAGAGCUUUGUUUAUUUACUGCAUUUAUUUACUGCAAAUAUUUAGUGCAUUAUUUAUCCAAGGCUACUCAGGUUGGCAAUUUGAAUUUGAUUCGUGUUGUCGUUGCUAUUUUCACCCUGGACCUGGAGCAGACCCACGAAGAAGAGUACGGCGACAACACCAGCAAGGAACUUCAUGGCUAUCGGUUUGAUUUGGAAUAGGGUCGAAGAUCUAGAGUGGUUGGAAGCUGGUGAUGCUAUAACUAAAUCCCUUAAAUUCAUCUCUACUUAUAUAGGAAAAUAGAAGAUAUACUUCAUCACUAUGCCGGUCGUAAUCCCAAGAAUUUCGUGAGAGUGGGACAUCCGCUGGCUGUAGUUUUGGGACUGUCGACCUCUGUCCUUUUGUUUUUGGUGCAAAUGCUGCAUGUGGCGCCACAGCUGCUUAGCGAAGUGUUGUGCAAGCUGUACUGGAUACUGGCCAUCUUCAUAAUGUACAAUAUCCUGGGGAACAUGUUGGCCUGCCACCGUGCCACAUCCUCGGUGGCUAGUCUGCCCGAGGAGAGGCAAGUGCCAGCUGCGGAAGAGAAGCAUCUGUGGCAGCAUUGUGAUUUGUGCCAGAAGCUGGCACCCCCCAGAUCCUGGCAUUGCAAGCUGUGUGAGUGUUGCAUUUUGAAGCGGGACCAUCACUGCAUCUUCACGGCCGCCUGCAUCGGACACAAUAACCAUCGGUACUUCUUCUGGUUCACGUUCUAUGCGGCAUUGGGAACUGGCAUGUGUCUCGUCAGCACCUUUGUAUUAUUAGUAAGGAAUCUAUUGGUUUUGCAACUCAUUAAUUUUUCCACCUUCUUGGACACCUUACUGUUCUCCAUUACCCUAUUUUCCUGGGUAGCAGCUGUCAUCAUGUUUGCAUUCCAAAUACAUGUUGUCUAUCUGAACACUUCGUACUAUCAAAUCCUAGAUCGCAGCUACGAUUUGGGUGUGAGAUCGAACUGCAGGAUUAUAAUGGGAGAGAGAGGUCUGUGGACCUUCUUAUCGCCUUCCAUAAAGAGUCCCUUGCCACACGACGGCACCAAAUGGCAGUUGAAACGGAGCACAUGAGUAAUUAUCUAUCAAAUAUUUAUCUAAAUUUUUAUUUAUUAAGGAAAAUAAUAAAUUGAAAUGUUAUUGUGUGAAACAAGUCCUUA